GACAAGCUCUUGCUGUUGUGGGACGAUUUUAGCGCGCAUUGGACGAAGAAGGUAAAAGAUUAUGCUGCCUCGCUCAACGUUGUCCUACUGAAGGUGCCGCCAAAGUAUACAUAUGUCUGUCAACCGGCAGAUAUUUCGUGGAAUAAACCUUUUAGAGGUUUACUACGAUCGCUUUGGGUUGAAACACUGCGCGAACAACUUAGGAAGUACAUCAAGAAGCCUUUCGCUUUGGUCGGGCCGUCGCGGCGGGACAUCACCAAAUGGAACAUGUCAAGUUGGGACGGGCUAUCACGUGAAACAAUCGUCAGCGGAUUCUCACGCGCGGGGCUA